GGUUAUGCCCAGAGUGAGGUUUAUUUAACUUAAUGGGGCUUGCUUUUGAGUAAACAUGCACAGGACUGGCAGCAAGUUUGUCCCAGGCGAGUUGCCGUCGGGCUAAAAUGGCGGCGCCCGUAUAUGCUAGUAGCCGCCAUUGCUUUUGUGGGCGAAGUCAGCAAAAAGGGGUGAAGAGCAGCUGCCGCUGGAUUGCCUAUGGCUGAUUUCAAACGCUGGAAAGAGCAGCGGCUCUCGCGCGCGGAUGGCAGCCGGAAGGGUAGCGUGGACGAGCCCAUCGCGGGGAUUGUGAGGCUUCUCAAUGGCCACGAUUGCUUCUGCACCACGAGCUCGUGCUCGGGGCGCUUGGUAGUGCUGGAGCAGCCGCCUCUUCCUCCCCCCACCGAGGCUACCACUGGCUUUGAGAUACAGAAGCAAAAUUGUACCUGGCUCAUGGUGACCCAUCAAACAUGUACAAUGGAAAAUGUGCUUACAGCAUUACAGAGAGCUACAGAUGAUGCCAUAUUCAAAUUUGAACCAUUUGUACUUCAUGUACAGUGUCAAGAGCUUCAAGAUGCACAACUUCUGCAUGCAGUGGCUAUAGAAGCUGGAUUUAGAAAUUCUGGUAUAACUGUUGGUCGUAAAGGGAAAAUUAUGAUGGCUGUCCGGAGUACCCAUUGCUUAGAAGUUCCACUAAGCCAGAAAGGAAAACUGAUGGUUAGUGAAGAAUAUGUUGACUUUGUAGUUCAAGUUGCUAAUCGGAAGAUGGAAGAAAAUAGGAAGAGAAUUGACAGAUUUUACAGCUCUCUACAGUUUGCUUUGGAAAACAGAGACCAUGGCAAUACUUUACGUUUUGAGGAGAAAGUAAAGAAUAAUAUUGUGGACUCCUGCAAAAGAAAAAGCAAAUCUAAAGGAAACAAAAAGGAUGAUGAUUAUGCUUCUCCAGGGAGAAACAGAAGGUUAGAAAGUGAAGAUGAUACAGAGAGCAAUCUUAACUUUUUCCACUGAAAUGUGCUGAAAAUAGGAUCUUGUGAAAUACUGUAGGUAUAGUCACGUGUUUGUAUAAUGUUUUGGUUCUGCUCUUUGUAAGAGCUUAGGUUACUGUGCUCUAGAAAGUAACAUGUUCUUAAUACAGCUAUCGAUAUUAAGUUAAUAGCAAUGUAAUAAAAUUCAAUAAAUUGUAGAUUGAUA